AUGAAGAAGGCCGACCCCGCCAGCGGCCGGACGUACUACUGGAACGUGGCGACCAAGACCUCCCAGUGGGCGCUGCCAAGCAUGGUCAAGGCCGAAGCGCUCGAGGUCCAGGCGGGCGGAGUUGACGACGCCGCGGCACCUGCAGCCCGCGCUGUCGCGCUCGGCGGCGCCGCCGUGGCGCUCGCCGCCCUUGCCGCCGCUGCAGCGCGGGCGGCGCGCGCGGGCGGCCCCAGCGGAUCGGUGCUACGACGCCUUCGGCCGCCACAGGCCAGAGGGUGGUUGUGGCCGCCGUGCUGGGCGUCCCCGCCGCUCUUCGAGGCCCUCCGCGCCGACGGCUCCGACGGGGCGGCAUGA